AUGGAGGCAGCCGGAGCCGGAGGCUAUAACCGCCAUCGGAAAAGCCCUUCUGUGCAGAUCAACAACAAUCCCACAAAUUACCAGCAAAACAUUUCACCCAAAUUUAAUGUUAGGAAGACAAUACUUUAUGUACUUGCAAUUGCGGUUGCAUGCUUUCUUCUUUACCAUUCGUCCAGUCACGUUGAUUACCAUUUUCCCAUUUCUUAUCGUCCGAAAAUCGUCCCUUCUGUAAUUAUAUCUCAUGAUUCAUCGGCUACAGCAUCAAAUGGUCAAGAAAAUUUAUCACAACCUAAUACUUCAUCGUCACCGACGGCAGUCGCACAAGCAAAUGUACCUGAUCCAUCUCUUGUAAUUGCAGGUGAUGAAGAAACAGAUGAAGUCAAAUUAGAAAAAAUAUUGAAGGAAGCAGCAAAGGGGAACAAUAACACUGUGAUAGUAACAGCAGUAAAUGCAGCAUGGACAGAACCGGGUUUAUUAUUCGAUUCGUUUUUGGUGAGCCUUCAUAUUGGAAACCAAACCCAAAAGUUCAUAAACCAUUUGGUGGUUAUGGCACUUGAUCAAAAGUCUUACAACCGUUGUUUGGAGAUGCACCCAUAUUGUUACGCAAUAAGGACCGAAGGGAUUGAUUUUGCGGAGCACGAGUCCAAGGUUAACACCCCAGAUUAUGUGAGGCUGGUUUGGAGAAAGAUUGAAAUUAUGUACACAGUUCUUAAUCUCGGUUACAACGCCAUUUUCACGGAUACAGACAUUUUAUGGUUUCGAGAUCCAUUCUUACAUUUUCUUGAAGAUGCGGACAUGCAACUUUCAAGCGAUCAUUAUCGGGGUUCUCCUACGGCGAAACGCAACAUACCAAACACGGGAUUUUAUUACGUGAAAUCAAAUAACCGUACGAUCCAAUUUUUCGAGUAUUGGGUCAAGUCCAGAUUCCAAAAUCAAGGUCAGAAGACAUUCCGCUUGAAUAUGUUGAUUGAGGAAUGGAGAAAAUACAUGGCAUUGUCCAAUGAAGAACGGGGUAAAACACCACAUACAUGGCCAUUUCGAGUGAAAUGUCGCAAUCCCAAAUGA